CGUUCGUUUUUCCGCUGACUGUGAUCACCAAGCAAUUUUUAAAAACAACGAAAUUCAUAAAUAACCAAACCGCCGAAAAGAACAAAAGAAUGGCUUUCAACAACGACGAUGAAAUAGAARAAGUGGAAUUGUAUUCUUCGUCUCGCGAGAGACAGGCGUACGACGAUCAAGCAGCAUUGUAUGCAAUAAUAUUGGCAACGGAACACCUAGAGCGCGCCUAUUCGAGGGAUGCAAUAACUCAACAAGAAUAUGUGCAGGAAUGCAACAAGCUUAUUUCGCAAUUCCGAUUAGCCGAAAAGGCGGCCCUGCCCAAGCUCAAUAUGACCACGGAAAGCUUUAUGGAACUGUACCAGAUGGAUUGUCCGCGUGCCACGGAGCGCCUUCUCAACAUGGGGGUUCCGGAGCCUAUCCGGACGGCCACGGGACAAACGGCCGACGUGGCCGUGACAGUGGCAAAGACGGUCGAAAACUUUAUCACCGCCAUGGACGCCGUCAAGAUCGAAACGCGAUUUGUCGACGAACUUCAACCCCUCCUAAGCGAUCUCAUGGAUUCCUUAACGAAACUGCCAGACAUUCCCGACGAUUUUGAACCGAAUCACAAGGUUAAGAAAUGGCUCCAAAAACUGAAUGGCAUGCGUGCCAUUGACGAGAUCACCGAAGAAGAUUCUCGCCAACUUUCUAUGGAUUUGGAUAGCGCCUACGUUGAAUUUACAAGGUAUCUAAAAUCCAAGUGAGAAAUUUUCCGACCGUCCGAUACAAGAUCACGGCGACCAUUCUCAAGAUAAAUAAGACAGAAAGCU